CAGAAAGUCGGGCAGGCAUACCUGUCAAGUAAAUAGUAGCGUGCAUGAAACGUGCAGGAAUUUGGCUUACGCAAAUCUUCACUUUCUCAAUGACCAAGUCAAGUACUCGUAUGACUCGAUCGUAUUGCAGUUGUAGUUCAGCUUGAUCCGACGGCACCUGGAAGAUAGUGAACUCUCCCUCGGUCGACAUUUCUGAAAGUCAAAGUGACAUUUCCAGUUUCAGAUACAAUGGGCAAGAAAAAGGCGGGGUUGGCAAAUCGACUCGCUCGCAUGUCGGACGAUGAGCGAGCGAAAUACUUGCAACGGAAAGCCGACGCCGAAGAAGAGGCGAGGCGGCGAAAGGAGCAGUUGGUGGAAAACUUCAUGAAGAAUAAGCUCAAGAGGGAGGAUGGGUUUUCGAGGUUAAACGUCGCCAAAAUUAACCAAUACUGGCACCAGGUCAUGCGCGCGGAAAAAUGCGAACACAUGAAGAAGGACGUUGAGCAUUUGAGAAGGUGGAUGCACCGGACUGUUAUUAUCAAGAACGGGGUGAUUAACAAGUUGAUGGAAGAACUCGAUUGGCAAGAAGAGUUGUACGGGAAAAACUUUGAGGCGCAUACAAAGAAUAUUAAUAAUCUCAUAGAUUUUCAUAACAAGAACUUGAAGCUGCUGUUGCUUCAGUACACCAACGAUCGUCAGUUACUGUUAUAUAUUGGCUCAAACGAACGACGAGAGAUGGAGGAAAAAUACAUUAAUGAAAUAGAGCAUCUGAAGACGAUUAUUUAUGGGCAAGAGGUCUUGGCAAGGAACGCAGAGGAGGAAGCGAAGAAUAAUCACAUGAAGUUCGCAGACGAAGAACAAAGUCAGAAUCGAAUGGAGCUGCGAGAAUUGCAAAAGGAGCGCGAAAAGGUCAUCUGCCGGCACUGGAACGAAUUGUACGACGUAAUUAAAAAUUACAUCGAGCAAACCGAUCUGAAACGCUUGCACAUGGUCGAGCUCCAGAGAAAUGAUACUCGUGGUUUGGUGGAGGUUAGUCGGAAUGAGGCUGAGAUUCAAAGACGAGAGCUCGAGCUGAGAAAGCUCCACCACGAGGAGAGCAUGCUGGCAUCAUCCCAAGCAGGCCAACUCAAACACCUCCAGAAAGUCAUCGAGGUAAUCACCCAGAGUUUCUUCCGGCUGCGAAAAGGUCUCCAACGCGACAUAUCCCAUGACGAAAGACAACUCGCAAUUUUAACUACAACGUCAAACAACGUCAUCGACGCCCUCUCCAAGAUCGUGACCAAAGGCCACCAGCUGAUGCAUCUGGUAAAAUCGUGCCAAAAACUUGACCCUCCAGAACGCGGAAAUCAGUGGGAGCGUUUCGAGGAGGAACCCCAAGACGAGAGCAACAGCAGCUCGAGCGGCUCCGCCGGCUCGCCGGUCCGACCCAAAACCUCUCCGCCCAAACGGCCCCAAUUACCGCCGCUGAGACAGUUGCGCAGCGAGGACGUUUUCGUUGUGGUCAAACCCGUGGGAAAGGACACCCGAAAGACAGCGAAACGCAUGGAUUUGGUGGCCGAAGCGCAGCUGAUAGCGCGUCGUGGUGCGCACGUAGAGGGCGAGAACCGAUUUCGAGAUUUGAACCAGAUGGAAGGGUUAUGGUGGAUUUACAACAAGGUCGAGCUUGGCUGUGCCGACUUGAGAAGCGAGAGGAACACGUUGGUACAGGAGAACAACAAACUGAAGGAACGGAUAAGGGAUGUAUUGGAAGCCGCUGCUUUGGGUCAGAGCAUUCCUAACGUAAAGUCUGCGAGUACGGUUCUUUCCAGGAAGCGGUAUGCCUUUUCGGCACCAACACCUUCUAGGGUGUGCUAAGUGUUUAUCUAUGUUCACGUAUUGAUUGGAUAUGUC